AUGUCGUCCCAGCUCGGCCGGAGGGCUCUGCAAAGGAGCCUGGGGGCCCCGGCAACGCCUGCGCCCACGGCAGCAACUGCCAGGGCUGCGCGGCGCAUACCGUGCGUCGCCAGCUCCCAGGCGAGGUGGAUGGCCUCAGAGAAAGGGAAGGGCCCACGGGCCAAUGAGCCCAGUUUCAAGGGCCAGAUGCUCGAGAGUAUCACGGCGCGGAUAGCCAGGGAGAAGGAGGACCUGAGGAGAUCGGCCCUGGAGAGAGAGGCGCGCAGCAGGGGCGGUCCUCUCCCUAUCACGAUAUUCGUCCUGGGCGCGAGCCUGAUCGCCUUCUACUGCGGCCUCAACUACCCGCGCGACGUCGACCCGUCUUCGACACUGCCCCUGGGCGCGAUCGCCAAGCCGCCCAGGCACAACACGUCGCCCAAGGAGCUGGAGGCGGCGUGGGCCGACUUCGUGGCCAUCGUGGGCAAGGAGAACGUGUCGACCCUGGACGAGGUGAUCACGACGCACGCGACGUCGGAGUGGUCGACGCACAAGCACCUGCCGUCGGAGCGGCCCUUCUGCGUCGUGUACCCGGCGUCGACGGAGGAGGUGUCGCGCAUAAUGAAGGUGUGCCACGCGCGCCGGAUCGUGACGGGGUACUCGGGCGGGACGAGCCUCGAGGGCCACUUCGCGGCGACGAGGGGCGGGAUCUGCGUCGACUUCGGGCGCAUGGACGGGGUGCUCGCGCUGCACAAGGACGACCUCGACGUGGUGGUGCAGCCGGCCGUGGGCUGGGAGCGGCUCAACGAGCAGCUCGCCGCCGAGGGCCUCUUCUUCCCGCCCGACCCGGGCCCGGGCGCCAUGAUCGGCGGCAUGAUUGGCACCGGGUGCAGCGGCACCAACUCGUACCGCUACGGCACGAUGCGCGAGUGGGUGCUCAGCCUGACUGUGGUGCUGGCGGACGGCACCGUCGUCAAGACGCGGCAGCGCCCGCGCAAGAGCUCCGCCGGCUACGACCUGACCAAGCUGUUCAUCGGCAGCGAGGGCACGCUGGGCCUCGUGACCGAGGCCACGCUCAAGGUGACGGUCAAGCCGGCGACGACGAGCGUGGCGGUGUGCAGCUUCGGCACGGUGCGGCAGGCGGCGGACUGCGUCGCCAGCGUGGUGGGGUCCGGGGUGCCCGUGGCGGCGGUGGAGAUCCUGGACGACGAGAUGAUGAGCUGCAUCAACAAGGCCGGGUCGACGGCGCGCACGUGGCAGGAGGCGCCGACGCUCUUCUUCAAGUUCGCGGGCACCGACAAGGGCGUCAAGGAGCAGGUGGACGUGGUGCGGCAGAUGGCGAAGCGGGCCGGCAGCACGGGCUUCGACUUCGCCAGGAGCCUCGACGAGCAGCACGACCUGUGGUCGGCGCGCAAGGAGGCCCUCUGGAGCACGCUGGCCGUCAAGCGCGACGGCGACAGCGUCUGGACCGGCGACGUCGCCGUCCCCAUCUCGCGCCUGCCAGACAUCAUCGAGCUGACCAAGAAGGACAUCAAGGGCAGCGGGCUCUACGGCACCAUCGUUGGCCACGUCGGCGACGGCAACUUCCACACCAUUCUGCUGUACAACGACUCAGAGAGGCAGAUCGCCGAGGAGGUCGUCCACCGCAUGGUCAAGAGGGCGGUCGAGAUGGAGGGCACGGUGACGGGAGAGCACGGUGUUGGGCUGGGGAAGCGCGAUUAUCUCCCUCACGAGCUGGGUGUGACCACCGUGGACGCCAUGCGAAAGAUGAAGCAGGCGUUCGACCCGCUGUGCUUGCUGAACUGUGACAAGGUCGUGCGGAUGCAGAAGCCCAAGGCGGGCGAGGUGGCCGAGUGGUGA